CAAGAAAUAAAAUGGCCAGAGUUUGUUUCACUAGACAUAACUGAAGAACAAUCAAAUAUUAUGACGAGUUUUGAAGAUCCUUCAACAAGUAUUUCAACAGUAAAAAGACCUAGUUUAUCAACGGAAUGCACUGUUCCUCAUAGUGUGGCUGUGUCGACAUCAACCGCUACAUUUAGUCCUCGAAAAGAAUUUGCCAAUUUGAGUCCACUGCAAAAAAGAAGAAGAACUGAAAAUCUCUUUGCGAAAACGAUUUUGAGACACUUGCUUAUGCCCUGGCUAGGAAAGCGGAAAAUGAAAACCAAACGGACUUUGUAGAAUUAGUGAAGCAUUUGAUUAAAAAGCCUGAAGAUGCGCCAAUGCUGCGAGCCUGCCUGAAAUCGACGAAACGAACUUGUCAUACCGAUAAGGCACUCGGUAUUUCAACAUCACUGAAAUUAUCGAAAUGGCAGUAUAUUACAUUGAGGCAGACAAUGAGAGACAUGGGGUGUGAUAUACUUCCAUCGUAUGAUGCUUUGAAGCAAGAGAAGAAGGAGUGCUACGUUGAAAAAGAAGACAUGGUAAUAACUGAGACUGAAGUUAAACUUAAACUUCAGUCUAUUUUAGAUAUUACGGUCAAGAGACUAUUAAAAACUCUGGAAACUGAUUUAACUGGCAGUAAUUCGACUCUUAUCAGUAAAUGGGGGUUUGACGGUGCAUCUGGGCAAAGCAACUACCAACAAAAAAUUGACGGCCAUGAUUCAAGCAUCUUCAUGUGGGGCUACUUGUGGACGUUGUUAAACAAGGGGCUGGCUAUCUCAUGUGGAGAGUUUGUGGACGUGGAAAAAUUCCGCCAAUAUUGUGCUGCUACAGCACGCAAAUAUGUCGAGCUCUAUGAAUGGUAUUAUAUGCCCUCAAGCGUGCAUAAAUUACUCAUUGAUGGUGCCGAUAUAAUAGAGCACAAUAACUUUAUACCAAUCGGCAAGCUCUCUCCUCUCUGAAGGCCUCUGAAGCUCGUAACAAAGAUUUUAAAAACUUCAGAACUUUCCACUCGCGUAAAUCUAGCAGGAUUGCAACAAAUGAAGAUAUUAUCAAUAAUUUGUUAAUAUCGUCUGACCCAUACCUAUCAAGUUUCAGGCCUAAAAUAUGUCAACGAAAUAAACCUCUCACAAAUGAAGCUAAAUCAUUAUUAUUAACUUCUUGUGAAGAUAAGGAAAAUAUAGAGUUUGUAGAUGUAGGUAAUGUAUCUGAUUAUGACUUUGAUUAG